UCCGUCCGCGCCUGCGUGAGCACCCGGAAGUGGUAGGUGCGUGCCGGCGGUCAUGGCCAUGGCGGAGAAGUUCGACUCGCUGGAAGAGCACCUGGAGAAGUUCGUGGAGAACAUCCGGCAGCUCGGCAUCAUCGUCAGCGACUUCCAGCCCAGCAGCCAGGCUGGGCUCAACCAGAAACUAAAUUUCAUGGUGACGGGCUUGCAGGAUAUCGACAAGUGCCGGCAGCAGCUGCAUGAUAUUAGUGUGCCCCUGGAAGUGUUUGAAUACAUAGAUCAAGGCCGCAAUCCUCAGCUUUACACUAAAGAGUGUCUGGAGCGAGCUUUGGCUAAAAAUGAGCAAGUAAAAGGAAAAAUUGACACAAUGAAGAAAUUUAAAAGUCUGUUAAUUCAAGAACUAACAAAAGUGUUCCCGGAAGACAUGGCAAAGUACAAGGCUAUUCGAGGAGAAGAUCCGCCUCCUUAAGAUGGCCUUUGAUAGCUCUAAAAUUGUCAAUUCCAUAAACUGACAACACUCUAUGUUGGAGAGAGGGAGAAUCUGAGCUGUUGCAACAACUGUACUAAGAAUGGCAGUGGUGGACCGUGAAGGAGCUCAGUGAUUGCUGAUGGUUCUGGUCUGAAGCUACUGAAUCUUUCUGAAGACUUUUACUCAAAGAUUGCCAUUGAAACUUUUUGUGGUAAUGUGUUCUUUCCUGAAAGCUUCUGGAGAUGUCAUUGCCUACUGGGCAUCACUAUGUAGCACUUCCUGCAAAGUACGUUUCCGGAGCAGAAAAUCAUGGGUUUUGUACUCUGAAAAGUGUGCUCGAGCAUUGUGGCUUCAGCCAUUUAAAAGAGAAGUGUAUUUACUAUAUUUGACUAUUCUUUAUUUGUAAACUGCUUUAGUUUUUAUUUCAGUACGGUUGACUGCUUUCAUCUUAGCAAAUUCUGCUGAACAGGAGCCUCUCAAAGGCUGUGGUUCUCCUGUGUGUCGUAAUGAAUUGCAGCUAAGAAACCCUUCAGAUAUUCUUGUUUUGUUCUAUGAGCUGCAGUUCAGAUGGCUGAGAAUAUAGAAAGUGAGCUUAUUUGUGCCCUAGUUCCUCAACAAUGUUAAUAUUUUGUAUAGUAUUUAAUGUAAGCUUUUGCUUGAUUCUGUUCAUUUUCUGUAAGCGGGUUGUUGAAUUAAAAAAAAAAAUAAA